AUGAGUUUCUUUAAAAGAAAUAUUUACAAGCGAUUUUUUAACUAUGACGAUGAAGACGAUGAUAGUGACGACAGUGAAGAUGAUGAUAAUGCUACAAGAUUUGAUCACAUUUCAAAAAUGCUUAGUGAAUAUCCAUUAAACUUUAAUGAUCCACAUCUAAUCUAUUUAGAUGAACUUGUUGUUUUAAGUUGGACCAAUUUGACACUAAAGAUGAAAGACAAAUUCUUGAAUUCAAAGUAUAAUUUUCAAAAUGCAACUUUAGUACUCAAAGAUUUGUAUAAUUCUUCAUCUUCAACUUUUAAAUACUUAACCUCAAAUCAAAUAAUUAACGUAUUAGACAAUGAAAUCUUAACAAUUCAUAGAAUUAUUCAAAAUACGACAGUAUUUUAUCGCGGAAGAUAUUUAUUUGAUGAACAAAUUCAUGAAAUUUACUUUUGGUAUAUAUACACACGUACAAUCCCUAAUUAUGACAAUAAUUGCAUGUAUGAAAAGACACCUAACACAUUUGAGGUUAAAUUUGAAAAAUUUUACGAAAAUUUUACAAAUAUGAAUUUUGACAUUCAAACCAAAAUGAUUCAUGACAUUCGAGAUAAUCGAAGAUUUAAAUUAUGCUCAGCAUUUCAAUUAAAAAUAGUUGAUCCACGGUCAAAUAAAGAAGUUGAUUCACUUCUUCGCUAUAAGAAAUUUAAAAUUAAUAUUGGUGGAACUUUACGUGAGGCAUUUGAGAAUAAAAUAUUUAUUUUAUCUGCUGAAUCUGGAUCAGGAAAAACAAUUUUACUUCAACAGUACACUUUAAUAAUUAAGUUAAAGUUUCCCAAGAGAUGGAUUACUUAUUUAGACUGUCGAGAUUAUGUUGAUUUACUUCAAAAUUUUACAAGCACAGAAAAAUUACAUGAAAUUGUUCACAAAAUACUCGGCCUAAGUUCUAAAAAUGAAUUCGAGAAGGAAAUUUUCGAAGACAAUUUUAAAUCAGGGAAUAUUAUUUUCUUGUGGGAUAGUUUUGAUCAAAUUCCUGCAGUUAAUCGAAAAAUUGUUGAAAAAAUUAAUAUUUUCAUAUAUAAUACUACCAAUAAUAUUCAAUUUAUAUCAACUAGAUCUUUAUAUUCUGAUUGGUUAAGAUCUACUUUCAGAACAAAAGCAUUUACACUUUUUCCCUUUUUUAAUUAUCGAAAAACUGUAUAUCUUUAUGAGUUCUUUCUUUCCUUAAAUGUAAGUAAAAGUGAGGUUAAACAAUACGUCAACAAAGUGAAAAAGAUUAUUGAUUCUGCACAAGAAAAAAGUGAUUUCAAUACACCAUUGUUGUUGGGAAUGAUUGCAGACGUAAUAUUUACUUAUCCUGACAUUUUUGAAUCUGAAAACUUGUAUGAAAUUUAUGAAAAGUUUGUUGACAAAAAGAUUUUAAUAUGGCUUCAAACUAGUAAAUUUGCAACAGAAAUUAUCAAAACAAUAGUCGCGACUGGAUUUAAUAUGAAAGAAUAUUUUCAACGAGAUGCACUCCGAAGUGAUUAUUAUAAAGUUGGAAGUUUCCUAACAUUAAAGUUAAAAAUUCGUCAUCAAAAUGCUCCAAAAGAAUUGACAAUUGAUGAAAUUUCACGAAUGGGAAUUCUAUAUCCAGAUGAAAAUGAUAAUUAUGGACUUGGGCAUCGAACAUUUUGUGAUUUCUUUAUUGCACAAUAUUUAAUUGAAAAGGUUUAUAAUGCUGAUGAUGGACCAACUGAACAGGAAGCUGAAUUAAGAAUUGAAUUAUUUCAAAAGUAUUCAACUUGGAGGGGAGUUAAGAAAUUUAUGAGCUCUUAUGUUUUAAAAGAAAAAUAUAAAACAAAAAAAUUUGAUCCAGUAAUUUUGAAGCUGUUUCGUAAAAAGUUUAAAAAUAUUCUUUCAUAUUCGUUACACCAAGUUUAUGAACCAUUUCCAUUCUUUUUCUACUUUUUUAGAAAAGACAUGAAACUUUUAACUGAACAGAUGCAUUUAAAAGGCGAAAAUGAAUCAUUUCUUGCAAAGACAUACGAUUUUGUGACCAUUUCCGAAAUUAAUAUAUUUAUGGUUAAACGAGAAAGUGUUAUUAAGUACGCUAAGAAAAAGCUUUCUUCAGAACAGUUUGCUGACUUCACAGAUCUAAAGGAUAAAAAGGGACUUUUCAUGUACAGUUCAUAUUAUUACAAAAGAAUAUCCAAGAGUAUGUUUAAUGUUAAAAACAAUUACAAAGAAUAUUGUUUAAAUGAAGAAAUUUUAAACAGCAAUGAUAGCUAUUUUGUUUUGGAAUCGAUUGUUAAUUCUACAACUAAUAAUGAAACUAAAGUACUUUUAGGUUCAAAGUUAGUUUUAUAUCCAAUUCAAGAAGAAACUCCAUCACAUGAAAAUCUUAUUAUAAUAGAGAAUUCUCUAGAUUAUUAUGAAAAAUUAUGGAUUUUAGUUGACGAAUAUUUAUCACCAGACGAGCAAAAAGCUUGGCUGUCAAAAUCAUUUGAUUUUAUAUUUUCACUUAAAAAUGAAAUAACUCGAAAUUUUUUAAUUGGCAAACUUGAACGCUUGUUUAUAGAUGAUGAGAUUUUCAAUAUAUUUUAUAAUAAUAAAAUAUUACAUUUGAUAGCUGCAAGUAGCAAUAACGACACUCAAUUCCAAAAAUUCAACUCUGCGUGGAACUUUUUCGCUAGUCACACAGUUCUUGAGCAAAAAAUGUUUUAUUUAACAUAUAUUGCUGAUAUAGAUUGUUAUAUGAAUGAGUUUUAUACUAGAUUUUGUUAUUUAGUGCCUCGUCUUAACCUCCUUCAAGCUUCAUUAUUGGGUGAAAUUGGCAUCAAUGUGUUUAAAGGAUUGUCAUCUUACCACGAUGUCUUAAAUAUUUAUAAAAAAUAUUUUAAUACAAUUGAACUUCAAGAAAUCAUAACUUCAGGAUCUAAAGAUUUCAUUCCAUACUUGAUCCUUCUUAGACCUUUUGAAAUAUGUACUGCAUAUGCUCAAUUGCUAAAAGAAACAUUUAAAUCAAAUAUGACGAGAUUAAGAGACUUUUUUGAAGAACAAGUCGAACCUACUACAAAGAAUAUAUUUGAACUAUUAAAUGGGGACGCGCCUUAG